UGGUUAAAGAAAUGGAGUCACUAUUUUUGGAGAGAGAGAGAGAAAACAGAGUGUGUGUGUGUGUGAGAGAGAGAAAGAGAGGGAGGCGCUUUUAAUAUUAUUGAUCACUGAGUGACUACUGACGGCGGCGGGAAGCUUCUCCUCCGCGGCAGUUACACCGCCAUUACCGGCGACUUUUCCGGUGUCUCAUUUUGAUAAGCUUCCGGCUUCAUUCGCCGGCGUUGCGGAUUCCGUCAUUACCUCCUCGCAAGGCAUGCUUGUUCUGAUAAUACCACGGUUUCACAGAUCGAAUUCUUUCUUCUCCUUCAGUUAUUCAACUAUCUAACAAGCUCAGAGUGGAGAAAUUCCUGGAAUGUUGUGAUUUUUUCCUGUAAGAAAAAACCACGUGGAUGGUGUGAAACUCUGAUUGAAAACACUAUCUGUGUGUGAGAACUGGAAAUGACGUUGCUCAGUUUACUGGUUCUGCUUCUUGUGAUUCCCGUAGCUGUGAGAUCUUUGAAUCCUUCUUUGAAUGAUGAUGUUCUAGGUUUGAUUGUAUUUAAAGCUGACAUUCAGGAUUCCCAUGGGAAAUUAGAUUCCUGGAAUGAAGAUGACGACAUUCCCUGUGCGUGGAUCGGUGUCAAAUGCGAUCCCAGAUCUAAUAGGGUGUCUCAGCUCAACCUUGAUGGGUUUGGGCUUUCUGGACGGCUGGGGAAAGGCUUGCUCCAGUUACAGUUUCUUCGGAAGCUGUCCUUGGCAAGAAACAAUCUGACUGGAAACCUAAUCCCAGGUCUAACUCGACUCGAGAAUCUCAGAGUCAUUGACCUAAGUGAGAAUAGUCUUUCUGGUGCUAUACCAGUUGGCUUUUUCCAGCAAUGCAGCUCAUUGAGGUCUAUUUCCUUGGCCAAAAACAAGUUUUCUGGCCAAAUACCCGACAGUUUUAGCUCCUGCUCCACACUAGCUGCUGUUAACUUCUCUAGCAAUGAGCUUUCAGGGUUGUUGCCUUCAGGGAUUUGGUCUUUAAAUGGGCUUAGAUCAAUUGAUUUCUCCAACAAUCAGCUGGAGGGAAACAUUCCUCAAGGUAUCGGAGUCAUGAACAAUCUGAGAGAGAUUAUCUUAAGAGGUAAUAAGUUUACAGGAAAUAUCCCGGACAGUAUCGGAGAUUGUCUGCUCUUAAGGACCAUUGAUGUUAGUCAUAACUUGCUUGUUUCGAAGCUCCCAAGCACAAUGCAGAGGCUUACCUUGUGUACCGAUCUGCAUUUACAGAAGAAUUCUCUUGAAGGCGAGAUUCCAGACUGGAUUGGAGAAAUGAGAAGCCUGCAGAGUUUGGACCUUUCAGAUAAUACCUUUGUUGGACAACUUCCAUCUUCCAUUGGAAAUCUACAGUCCUUGAAAGUAUUGAAGCUUUCCAUGAACACAUUAACUGGCGACUUCCCUGAUUCCUUUAACAAUUGUGUAAACCUUGUAGUCAUGGAUUUUAGCCAUAAUUUGCUAACAGGAAGCCUGCCUGUUUGGAUGUUCAAGUUAGGGCUAGAGGAAAUUGUUCUUUCUGGAAAUAGGCUUAAUGGGAGUAUGAACUACUCAUUUUCUUCAUCAACUGAUCAGUCUCUACAAAAACUUCAAGUUCUAGAUCUUUCCGACAAUGGCUUGUUAGGUCAAAUACCAUCUGUUGGAGGCUUUGUUAACUUGCGGGUCCUAAACUUGUCAAAGAAUUCAUUACAAGGCACCAUUCCAUCAACUGUCGGAGAAUUGAAGGCCUUGAAUAUUCUGGAUUUGAGUUUGAACCAGUUAAAGGGAAGCAUCCCCAUGGAGAUCGGAGCUGCUACGUCUUUGACUGAUCUGAGACUCGAGAAGAACUCAUUGACUGGGAAUCUCCCAACUGCCAUUGGAAACUGUUCAUCACUAAACACAUUGAUCCUUUCAAGAAACAGCAUUACAGGUCCAAUACCAGCAUCCUUGGCCGAAAUCGCAUACCUUCAAAAGGUCGAUUUGUCCUUCAAUAAGUUAAACGGAAACCUCCCAAAGCAACUGGCAAACCUCGUUCAUAUCAUCUCCUUCAACAUCUCACACAACCAGCUCCAAGGAGAACUUCCAUCCGGUGGUUUCUUCAACACCAUUUCUCCCAGUUCAGUCUCAGGCAACCCUGCCCUUUGCGGAGCUGCAGUCGAUCGAAACUGCCCAACCGUUCUUCCCAAGCCGCUCGUCCUAAACCCCAACUCCUCUGAUACCGAUCCCGCAACUCCAGUCCUCGAAAACAUGUUUCAACGCAAGAAAACCAUGCUCAGUAUAUCUGCACUCAUCGCUAUCGGUGCAGCUGCUGUUAUAGUAAUCGGUGUAAUCGCAAUUACAGUCCUCAAUCUACGCGUCCAAUCAUCCAUAUCCCGGUCAGCUGCUGCCCUCACUUUUUCGGGCGACGAUUUCAGCCAUUCCCAGAGCAGUGACGCAAACUCGGGUAAACUGGUCAUGUUUUCGGGGGAGCCAGAUUUCAGCACAGGAGCCCACGCUCUUCUCAACAAGGACUGUGAGCUCGGCCGAGGUGGAUUCGGAGCAGUUUACAAAACUGUUCUGAGAGACGGACGAUCGGUCGCCAUCAAGAAGCUGACCGUUUCCAGUCUGGUGAAGUCGAAGGAAGAUUUCGAGAGGGAAGUGAAGAAACUAGGGAAAAUGCAGCAUCCGAAUCUAGUCGAACUCGAGGGUUAUUACUGGACACCGUCCCUUCAGCUACUUAUAUACGAAUUUGUAUCGGGUGGAAGUUUGUACAAGCACCUACACGAAGGCUCGUCUGGGAAUUUCCUUUCGUGGAACAAGAGGUUCGAAGUUAUUUUGGGAUCGGCAAAAAGCCUGGCCUACUUGCACAAGAUGAAUAUAAUCCACUACAAUAUAAAAUCGAGCAAUAUCCUGAUGGACGAUUCGGGGGAACCAAAAGUAGCUGAUUACGGGCUGGCAAGGCUUUUACCAAUGCUGGAUCGUUAUAUCCUGAGUAGCAAGAUUCAAAGUGCGCUAGGGUAUAUGGCUCCGGAAUUCGCUUGUCAGACUGUGAAGAUAACAGAGAAGUGCGAUGUGUAUGGAUUCGGAGUGUUGGUUUUGGAAGUGGUUACUGGAAGGAGGCCGGUUGAGUACAUGGAAGACGAUGUGGUGGUUUUGUGCGAUAUGGUGAGGGGAGCGUUGGAAGAGGGUAAGGUGGAGGAAUGCGUUGAUGGGAAAUUGAAAGGUGAGUUUGCGGUUGAGGAGGCGAUUCCUUUGAUGAAAUUGGGGUUGAUUUGUACUUCUCAAGUGCCUUCGAAUAGGCCCGAUAUGGCUGAGGUUAUUAACAUAUUGGAGCUUAUCAGAUGUCCUUCGGAAGGGCAGGAAGAAGAAUUGAUUUGAAAUUGACCUAAUUACUAUCUAACCGGCACUUGAUUGAGGAUGAUCUAUUGUUGUUAUUAUUAUUAUUAUGUUUGCCAAUCCUACUAGUUUAUUUUAUCUCAUGUGGAUUUUUAUUUUAAGGAUCUCAGUGACUAGAUAGUUAGCAUGUUUUUCUAAUUCAAUGUUGUCUGUCUGUCUAUUUGUA